GUAUUUGAAUGAUAACAAAAUAACAAGUCUGAAAAAGGGUGCCUUCAGUGGUUUGACAAGUCUUCAAAAGUUAGACUUGCAAGUCAACGAGUUAAGGACCUACGAUCCUGAUACGUUUAAUGGACUUAUUUCCCUUACAACUUUAUAUUCGGACGAGUUUAGUAUCUGCUGCAUUAUGAAACGUGUUCCCGACUGCCGUCCGGCUACUGAUCAGUUUUCCUCUUGUAAAGAUCUCUUGAAGAGGGAAGCGUUGCGGAUCCUGAUGAUGAUUCUUGGAAUUACUGCCCUCAUCGGCAACUUAGCUGUUAUUAUACUGCGUUUGCUGGAAAAUGACUUUAAUGUCCAAUCCAUACUCAUAACUAAUCUUGCAGUAUCUGACUUGUUGAUGGCGGUUUACAUGAUAAUCAUAGCGGGAGUUGAUCUUCGCUACAGGGGUGUGUACGCAACGUUUGCAGAGGCCUGGAAAACCAGUUUUCUUUGCAGUUUCGCCGGGUCUAUCUCCACAUUAUCCAGCGAAUGCUCGGUAUUUAUG